CAGAUUUCUAUUCAGCACCUUGACUUUGCUUCAUCGUACCUAUGCGACACGCCGUUAGUCAAUCGUCAAGCGAGUUCAAAGCAAGUUGUGGCUCGCACGUGGUGGCAAAAGCCGGGCAAAGCGGUGCCAGUCCCGAAGUAGAAUGCAACUUCGGAGCUUGCUCGACUCUGGGUAGUCGUCCUACCACCAUGUUUCUAUCUAAUCGUGCUCUCGGUUUUUCUAAGAGGUACUGGUUGCGUCGAACCUUGUCUUCGAGGGCAUCUGGCGUAUUGUCUGCACUCAACAUCCCAACGAAUGGAGAAGUUAAUGGCGUUUACGAUGGGCAGUGGAGGGGCUCUGGUAAGAUCAUGGAGUCUGUAUGCCCUACCACAGGAGAGGUAUUGGCUCGGGUGAAGACGGCCACUCCAGAAGAAACCGAGGUUGCUCUCCAGAGAACGCGUGAAGCUUACGCGUCUUUUCGUAACCUUCCUGCCCCUCGAAGAGGCGAGAUUCUAAGGCAAAUACGCACCGCACUAUCAGACAAACGGGAAGAGCUGGGUGCACUGGUGUCCUUGGAAAUGGGGAAAAUCAAGACCGAAGGUAUCGGGGAGGUCCAAGAAUUUAUUGACAUCUGCGACUAUGCGGUUGGCCUCUCUCGCAUGAUGAACGGAAGGGUGGUCGCAUCGGAACGACCUGGACAUUCCAUCUUGGAAGUCCCGAAUCCCUUGGGCGUAGUUGCUGUCCUUUCAGCCUUCAACUUCCCUGUGGCGGUGUAUGGAUGGAAUCUGGCUCUCUCACUUGCUGCGGGAAACGCCACGAUAUGGAAGCCAUCUCCAACAACCCCACUGUGUUCAAUUGCUGUUACAUCUGUUAUCGCAGAGGUGCUAAAGAAAAAUGAUCUUCCAGGUGCGGUAGCUGGAUUAGUUACCGGGGGCAGCGACGUGGGAGAAGCGUUGGUGAAUAGUCAUGAUGUCGAACUCGUUUCAUUCACGGGAAGUGAGCGUGUUGGAAGACUCGUGGGUCAAGCUGUGGCAUCCCGUUUCGGCAAGACAAUUUUGGAAUUAGGAGGCAAUAACGCCUCCAUCGUGAUGCCCGACGCAGAUUUGUCGUUGGCGAUACCAGGUGUAUUCUUCGGCUCUGUCGGAACCGCUGGACAAAGAUGUACUUCUACCAGGCGGCUCUUCCUUCAUCGGGACAUUGCCGCGGAAUUUCUGGAGAAGUUGAGAAAACUUUAUCUGUCCGUUGAACCAGGCGACCCCCUGGUCCAGGACACACUUCUUGGCCCAAUGCAUAACAAGGCAGCUGUCAAUGUAUAUGACAGUACAAUUGACUAUCUGGGCUCCAUCAACGCUGAGGUCUUGUGUGGCGGGAAGAAAUUUGACAAGGCACCGUUCGAGGCCGGUAAUUUCGUGAGACCCACUAUUGCGCUACCCAAGUCCGUCAAUAUGAAGGACAAGAUAUGGAGUACAGAGACCUUCGCUCCUAUCCUGAAUGCUGCCGUCUUUGACGACUUGGAGGAGGCAAUUGAAUGGAACAACGCUGUACCUCAGGGACUAUCGAGUAGUCUAUGGACUCGUGAUAUCCGAAACGUUGGGAAAUGGAUAGGCCCCAGCGGCUCGGAUACUGGUAUCGUGAAUGUUAACGCAGGGACGUCUGGAGCUGAGAUUGGAGCGAGUUUCGGUGGAAAUAAGAGUACCGGGUGGGGAAGAGAAUCUGGAGGCGAUGCUUGGAAACAAUACGUGCGCUGGAGCGCGUGCACUAUAAACUUCUCUGAUGAUGCACCCCUGGCGCAGGGAGUGAAUUUUGGAAUCUCCGACGAUUUGUGAAACUGGUGUACGGAUGUCCGGCAAUAAUUGCUCACAUGCCAGCCGUUGAGGACAACUCCAUCACUUAUGUAAAGGCAAUCCUAACCUGGCGUCAAGGGUGGUCAGGUCGUGGAGGCGAUUUUCUUGUCCUCCAUGUCUGAUGGAUUGAUCCGACAUCACUACAUUUGUAUUUUACUCGUGUCAUUUGUUGUAGGGUAACACGAUACUGUAUGACAACAUGAGGUACAUCACUUCUCAAC